GCGCAGAGGGGAGGGGGAGGCAGAGAAGCAGGACCCGGCGCUCGGGGGGUUGGAGAGGGAAGGGAAGGGACUUUCCCCAAAGAGUUGGGGGGUCUAGUGACAAGGCAGGGAGGGGGGCCGAGGCGAGUAAAAAGCCAGCGGCGAGGAGGCUGUAGGGGCAGUUUGACAGCAGAGAGUGGCAGCAACAGCAGCAGCAGGAGGAAGAGGAGGAGGAGGCUGCUCCAGAGGGGAGAGAUCCAGCGAGGCGCGCUCAGUCAGGACGGUGAGGCGGCAGCGGGAGCAGCAGCAGCAGCAGCAGCAACUUCGGCGUGAUUCCCCCGCCUCGCUCGCCUUCUCCUCUUCUUUCCUGCCGGCGCUCGGGCCCCCCAUCCGCCGGCCAGGAUGAUGAUGAUGUCCCUGAACAGCAAGCAGCCCUUCGCCAUGGCCCACGCCGGCGGCGGCGGCAGCCUGCACGAGCCCAAGUACUCGGCCCUGCACUCCGCCUCUCCCUGCACUUCCUCGGCCGCCGCCGCCGCGCCUUCGGCCAGCUCGCCCAGCAGCACCAUCGCCGGCAGUGCCAGAAGCAGCGCGCCCAGCAGCAGCAGCAGCACCAGCAGCAACAGCACCUCCGAGGCCAUGCGGCGCGCCUGCCUGCCCACCCCGCCGAGCAAUAUAUUCGGCGGUCUGGACGAGAGCCUGCUGGCCCGCGCUGAAGCCCUGGCUGCAGUGGACAUCGUCUCCCCCAGCAAAAGCCACCAUCACCACCCGCCGCACCAUAGCCCCUUCAAGCCCGACGCCACAUACCACACCAUGAACACCAUCCCUUGCACCUCGGCCGCCUCUUCAUCCUCGGUGCCCAUCUCGCACCCGUCCGCCUUGUCCGGCACGCACCACCACCACCACCAUCAUCACCACCACCACCAGCCUCACCAGGCGCUAGAAGGGGAACUCUUGGAGCACAUCACGCCGGGGCUGGCGCUGGGGGCCAUGACAGGCCCCGACGGCUCGGUGGUCUCCACGCCGGGCCACGCUCCCCACAUGGCCAGCAUGAACCCUAUGCAUCAGGCGGCUCUCAGCAUGGCCCACGCUCACGGGCUGCCCUCGCACAUGGGCUGCAUGAGCGACGUUGACGCAGACCCGCGGGAUUUGGAAGCCUUUGCCGAACGGUUCAAGCAGAGGAGGAUCAAGCUGGGGGUGACUCAGGCGGACGUGGGCUCAGCCCUGGCCAACCUCAAGAUCCCAGGGGUGGGAUCUCUGAGCCAAAGCACCAUUUGCAGGUUUGAGUCGCUCACCCUGUCCCACAACAACAUGAUCGCCCUCAAGCCCAUCUUGCAAGCGUGGCUGGAAGAGGCAGAGAAAUCACACCGAGAGAAGCUGACCAAGCCGGAACUCUUCAAUGGGGCAGAGAAGAAGAGGAAGCGCACCUCCAUCGCUGCGCCCGAAAAGAGGUCCCUGGAAGCUUACUUCGCGAUCCAGCCGCGUCCUUCCUCGGAAAAAAUAGCAGCUAUCGCGGAGAAACUGGACCUCAAGAAGAACGUGGUCCGGGUCUGGUUCUGUAACCAGAGACAGAAACAGAAACGGAUGAAAUAUUCCGCUGGGAUUUAAAGCCUUUGGACACCUUUCUGCUUUUAGAGCAAAUAAAACUAGAGCAUAGCAACAAGACCUUUCUUCCUCUCUCGUUCUGGGAGAGAAAGAGAUCAACAUUCAGAAAGAGAGCCAGAUUGAGAGACAUACACAGACAGACUGUGAGUGGAGAGGUAAAAUGUCAAGUUUAGAAAGUUGGCAGCGGAGAUAGCCUGGUUUGAAGGUUCAGCCUUGAACUGGCAUCAAAGAGACUGGUUUUGUGAAGGCAUAUAUGAAAUCUUUAUAAAAGACUGAAGACGUAUCAAGUAAGAGUUGUUUUUAUUCUUAAAGACAUCACCUUUGUUCAGAUGUAAGAGUACACUUUGCAGAUAUUUUUCAGGAAAAAAAAUAAACUGAGUAGAGACUGAAACUUUAAUCUAGUGUUGUUGACGCUUAUACCGUGAGAGAGGCAUCUCAAAAGUAUUUUGAUUUUUUAAAAAUAAGAUGGCAGGUUUUCUGCAAUUACACUGCAUAUUAUAAAUAUUAUAAAUAUAUAUAUUUUUACUGUGGUUAUUAUCCAUUUCCUUCUCUGAAGUGAUAAUGCUGAGGGGGAAAAGCUGGUCCUGCUGUGUUCACAGAUCUAUUAUUAGAUUACUGCCAAACAACCCCCUGUAAAUUAUUAAUUUAUCUCUCUAGUAACUUCAUUUUGUGCGCAUCCUAAUUAAUUGCACCUCUUUCAUCAAAGUCUUGAUAAAAGUAAAAGAAAAAAAGUAUGGUUAGUGUAAAUUAAUUAUUUUAUGUUGGUUGGUAGAGUUGAUGAACUUAAGCUUUUUUUCUUAUUAAAAAAAAAAACCCUUCCUUUUGGCCAUCUGUAUAUUGUCACUUGAAAUCAAGCUAUUUCUCUAGCAAGUAUUCUUAUUUGUAAGGCAUUCUCACUCUAUAGUGGCUGUCCUGCGCUGUUGUGUAGACUGACUCACUUGUCCAAGGAGGUAUUUGUUGACUGCGUUACAUAUUUAAUGGGGAUUCCCAGAUUGUUCCCACCACACGCUACUUAAAAAGACGCACUCUCGAGUAAGUGGCAGUGUGGUGGGAUUUGUUGAUUUAGGUUUGUUUUCAUCAAAGUAUUGUCUCUUCUGGAUUCCAACGCUAUUUCUCGUCAGUGUUCAGAUCUGCUAGUUACUCUUGAUUUCCUUUGAUUGCAAAAGGUUUGCGUUAUUUCUGAAGGUUUUGUUUGUAGAAAAUCCAAAAUGAUAUAUGUGUUGUGAGAGAGAGAGAAAGUGCGGGCAAGAGAGAGAUCGUGCACUGUUUGUAAAUCCACAUUGUUUGGUACAAUUCUUUUGGAACAACCCCUCCCCCCAAGGUACUUAGAUUGUGGUACCGCUGUGUAUUGCAAAUAAUUCAUUCAGAAUUGACGCACAUACAGUUAUAUUCUUACAGAUUUCGCUGUAUUGCUGUUACGUUUGAAGGCUAUUUGAAGUCUUACUUCUGUAUAUUAUAACAAUUUCUUUGUUUUUGUUAAUAGAAGGUUUAUUUAUUAUGGUACUGUAUUAAGUUAUUUAAAAUGUUGUUCAAUUGUCUUUCAUUAAAAAAAGAUUUUAACGUUUUAUUGACAAAAAUA